AUGCUCUCCUUUUCUAUACGGGCAUGCAUCCUUGGCAUCCUAAUGACGGCCUCUGCAAUUCCACUCCAAACACGCCAAGUACAGUGGUCAUUCGAUCUAUACCCAACAAAAGAUUGCACAAGCGGAGGCGAUACCCACUCCGGCUCUGGUAGCACAGGCUGUCGCGCUGACCUGAGCAGUGUAGCCUCAGCAUACAGACUGAAUACAGUGGAUCAGGGCUGUACAGUGCAGUUCUUCGAUAACACUAUGUGUGAAGAGGAGAGUGAGUCUCCGGAUGUUGCGGGUCCAGCUACUAGUACCGACGUCUGUCACCUUCUAGAUUCGAAGAGGAGAUAUGGCUCUUAUCAGGUUACUUGUGUUGAUGUACGUGGAUUGUGA